CGCGUCAUGUUGCACGAAUUCAUCUUGAAUGCGGGAUUGCCCAAGCUGCUCGAUAUCCUCGAACGACCGACCAAAACGAGCAUACGUUCCGAAAUCGAUCGCAUCCGGCAAUGUCCUUCACACGGCCAAUCAGACAUAAACUUGGUUGAGCGCUAUGAGGCCUUCGAUUGGGUCCUCCGGCCUGGCGCUCCUUACACGAAGAAGAAGUCGGACAUUGGCAUUGAGUAUGCCUUCUACACAUUCUCAUGCGCUGACACCGAAUGGUACAAGCAUGUUUGGGAGGGAUUCCUUUUGGUGCACGACUGGAAUUAUUUCUGGGACCUGGAGCGCUUGAUUGGCUUCACAAACGGGCGCAUACUAGUCCCUGACCGUGACUGGGAGGACAUGGCAGAAGAGUAUAGCUUCAGUGGUGAAGAUGACUAG